AGUAUUUCGAGUACUUAUUUUUCCACAAAGAAAAUGUCAUCUCGAGCGAGUGAACAAACUAAUAGUCGACGUAAAAUGCCGCUUGGGCAUCUUCCCGCGUGUGUUAUCGAUGUGGGCACUGGGUAAGGCUUGAGAGGAUCUACGAAUAUUCUUUAUUCAACGGGAGCGAUUAGGCUAAGGAAGUGACUAACCACAGCAGACUUGACAGUUUGCUCACGGUAUACCAAGCUGGGUUUCGCAGGAAACAUGGAUCCCCAACUUACAAUACCCUCAGCAAUUGCUAUUAAGGAGACUGCCAAAAUUGGAGAUAAUUCUGCCAGAAGGAUUACCAAGGGUGUAGAAGAUUUAGAUUUUUAUAUUGGUUAUGAAGCAUUUGAUGCUACAGGAUAUGCUGUCAAAUAUCCAGUAAGACAUGGUUUGGUAGAGGACUGGGACUUGAUGGAACGAUUCCUUCAGCAAUGCAUCUUUAAGUACCUUAGAGUUAAUCCAGAAGAUCAUUAUUUCUUGUUAACUGAGCCUCCAUUAAACACACCAGAGAAUCGGGAAUACAUUGCUGAAAUUAUGUUUGAAUCUUUUAACGUGCCAGGAUUAUAUAUUGCUGUACAAGCAGUUCUAGCAAUGGCUGCUUCUUGGAUAACAAAACACGUCGAUGAUCGACCGUUAACCGGCAUUGUCAUAGAUAGUGGCGAUGGCGUAACACAUGUUAUUCCAAUGGCCGAUGGUUAUGUCAUAGGCAGUUGCAUAAAGCACAUUCCAAUCGCUGGACGAGAUAUAACAUACUUUAUUCAAAGUCUUUUGAGAGAACGUGAAAUUGGAAUUCCACCAGAACAGUCUUUAGAAACAGCAAAGGCUAUCAAAGAAAAAUACUGUUAUAUUUGUCCUAACAUCGCCAAGGAAUUUGCAAAGUACGAUAGUGAUCCUAGUAAAUACAUCAAAAAGUACGAGGGCAUUAACAGUAUUACUAAACAGCCUUUUACAGUAGACGUUGGAUAUGAAAGAUUCCUUGGACCAGAAAUAUUCUUCCAUCCUGAAUUUUCCAAUCCAGACUUCACGACGCCUCUCAGCCAGAUCGUGGACGACGUUAUUCAAAACUGCCCUAUAGACGUAAGGAGGCCGUUAUACAAUAAUAUUGUUUUGUCCGGUGGUUCCACGAUGUUCAAGGAUUUUGGCAAACGAUUGCAACGUGAUAUUAAGAAAACCGUCGAUGCCAGAUUAAAACUUAGUGAAAAAUUAAGCGGUGGUCACAUUACGCCAAAACCUAUAGAUGUUCAGGUAGUAUCCCACUACAAGCAACGUUCCGCGGUCUGGGUCGGUGGUGCUUUAUUAGCAGAUGAACCAGCCUUUUAUGAAGUUUGUCACACCAAAGCUACUUAUCAAGAAUACGGCCCUGGAAUUUGCCGUUACAAUCCUAUAUUCCGGGGUAUAUUAUAAAAUCGAAUGGGCAUGUACAUUGAAUUAUUAUGAAAAUCAAAGAAGGGGAAGAGUUCAACGUACCUCGAAAUUCAAAAUGUACACGCCGGUGUUUAAUUGGAUUCUCUUUUAUUUUAUUUUCUAUCUCAACUUUUUUUAUCGGUCAGCCACCUCAAAAUUUUCAUCGAAAUUUUAGCGUAAUUUAUUUAAUUAUUAAAAUUUUUAUCAAGUCGCAAGUAAGGCUAUCACCCGAAACGAGUGUUAAGUGCAAAUUAAAUGUUCAAGAAAAUCAAUAUGAAUAUAGUUGUCCAUCAGUACAAUGUGUUUUUUUUAAAGAUCGAAAUCAAUGAAGCUCUAGCAAACCAUACAUGGUUUUGAAUAAAUUUUUUGUCACAAACUAUGCAUAUGCAUAGCUACUUGUGAUUUCCUAAGAGUUGCGUUGUUUGCGAACUGUCAAAUAAUCACAUUCAACUCGUGGACCGACUAUAGAUGGCAAUAUGUCUUGAAUUAUAAAAGUAAUUUGAAGAGAACAAGAGCAAAAGAACUAAAAAAAAUUACAAUUUUAUGCCAGUUGAUGAUUAACAAUAGAAAGGAAUGGGAUAAAAAAGAUUACGCAGAUAACGCAUUUAACAAAGUUUUAGAUACUGACUAUAUACCGACUUACUGAGUAUAAAUAAUAACGCCAAGUAAUCUGUAGAACUUUUAAUCCGGCGAUAUUGUAUAGAAGGUGCGUACAUUGCUAAAGUUAUGUUAAUGAGGAAAACGAAAAUAAGAAUUCCUUUUUAUAAAUAGUCCUGUCUUCAAAAAACAAUAACCUACAGUUCCUCCUAACUGUCUUUGUUGAAAAGCAGCGAUCGGGCAUCGCGUAUUCACUUUUGUUACCUGCAAUCCAGUGUACAUAGAUACGUAAAAGAUAUAAAUUCUAAGGGAACUGCUAAUUAAUCUCAUUAUUAGCUAAUAUUGUAUACACAUGAAGAAAAAAAAAAAUGAAAGAACCAAAUAGAAUAUCAAAGAAGACUAUCACGAGAUAUA